GCUUCUUGGCUUCGCAUCUUCUCUUCGUCGACGGAGCGCCAAGAAACCAAAAAACCAAGAACCCACCAUCCCCACCUCUCCACCGCGCGCCUCUGCUCUCCAGCGUCACCGGCGACCGAUGGAGCUGUUCCAGGACGGCCAGCGCGUGCGGCUGCGGAGCCGCGCGCGCGGGACGUACCUGCACGCCGACGAUGACGGGCUUGGCGUCUCCCUCCGCCGGCUCCGCGCGUCGAUGAACGUGGCUUGGACGGUGCACUUCUAUCAGGGCCGGUACCUGCUCUUCCAGAGCGCCGUCUACGGUGGCUACCUCACCGCCACGUCCGCGCCGGCGCGGCGCGGCCACCGCGGGCGCCGCGUCGAGCAGCGCAACUACUUUCACUCGGAGGUGGAUCUAAUGCUUUGGCAGGCCGUCCACAUGGAGAACCUCUUCCUCAACCACAUGAACGGCGGCAACCUCCGCGCCAACGGGAGGUACCGCCGCUGGAACAACGGCGUCAGCGUCGACCACAUCGACGACAUCAACAACAUCAGCACCAUGAUGCAUUGGGUCGUGGAGGUCAUCCCCGCCAGGGAGAUCAUGCCUCGCCUUCCACGUCCGUCUCCGCUUCCCAACCUCGUGAUGCGGCCGCGGAUGAUCAUGUACGUGUGGCCGAACAUCCACGGGGUCCUCAUCACCCACGGCACGUUCGUGUUCGGAAACACCGAAUAUAAACGACCAAAGCCCAAUAGCCCAUACAUCUUGGCGUAG